AUGAAUGGCGACCACUUGGUCUUCACUGGUGAUCUUAUCAACAAGGGGCCUGACAGCGCUGGGGUUGUGGAAAUGGCACGCGAGCUGGGCGCCUCGUGUGUGCGUGGGAACCACGAAGACCGAAUCCUGCUUCUGCGAAACGAAAUGAUUGCGACGAAGACGUUCCUCGAGGAGGAGGAUAUUGGCAAGAACCUUUAUUCAGAGAGGCAGUUAAACGAGCGUGCGCUGGCUCGCACCUUGAGCGAGGAGCAGGCAAAUUGGCUUUAUAACUGUCCGGUGAUCCUGGAUGUUGGUCAGGUACCCGGUAUGGGCCAAGUGGUUGUUGUCCACGGUGGUGUUGUACCAGGUGUCGAGCUUGAGAAGCAGGAUCCCUCGCUCGUGAUGACCAUGCGAACCAUUGAUAUGGACACACAUGUACCAAGUGCAUCGAGCGAGGGUCUGAACUGGGCCAAGGUGAGCUCAACCGACCUUAAUGCAACAUUGGGUGAUGCUAAUUACAAAAAGUUGUAUGAUAAACACCAGACCAUCCUCGAGAAGAGCCUCAAGGCAACAAGUGACGACCCUCGCUCGGAGCUGAUGACCGUUAUUUACGGACACGACGCCAAGACCUCCCUCAAGAUCCGUACAUACACGAAGGGUCUUGACUCUGGAUGUGUCAAAGGCGGUAAAUUGACCGCAUUUGUCAUCGAGGAAGACGGCAAACAAGAAAUCGUCCAAGUGAAAUGCCAUAAACACUCAAAGGAUUGA